AUGAGUCUGAACCGCUUUCUUCUGAACGCCUUCCAAGUCAGACGGGCUCCCACUCUUCAACGCACUUUCCACUCCACGACUCUAGCCACCAUGCCUCGCACCGCUGCGACAGAGAGCUUCAAGUUUAACCACACCAUGAUUCGUAUCAAGGACCCGAAGUUGUCCUUACCUUUCUACAUGGAUACCCUCGGCAUGGACCUCGUUUCUGAGCAAAACAUGGGUGACUUCACCCUUUACUUCCUUGCCUUUAAUUACGACGGGAUCGCCUCGCUCCCAGCUGAGCAGAAGGCUAAAGCUCGUUUCAACCGCGAGGGCAUCCUUGAGCUCACUCACAACCACGGCACCGAGUCCGACCCAAACUUCCAAGGCUACGCUAAUGGCAAUUCCGAACCUGGUAGGGGUUUUGGCCACAUCGCUAUUACCGUGAACAAUAUCGAGGAGGCAUGUGCACGUUUUGAAAGCCUCGGGGUUCCCUUCAAGAAGCGUCUCACCGAUGGUAAGAUGAGGCACAUUGCCUUCAUCUUGGAUCCCGAUGGCUACUGGGUGGAGGUUGUUCCUCAGUCCUUGAGCUUGUAG